AAGGGUGACGCGGCCGCAUUACGUCAUGGUCAGGUGAUUGACGAGGAAGUAAACAACUCCUAAGAGAAGAGACAUCUCGACGGGGAAAGGUCCAGCUCUCCAGAUGACGUCCCUUAUCUGCACUUUACAACACCAUCAAGACGAUGUCAACUGGUGCGCCUUUGCGGCCAAGCUUUUAGCCACAUGUUCUGGGGACAAAACACUCAGGAUAUACGACGCCCGUGAUUUCUCCGAGCUGCCUUUUUCGCCGCUGACGGGUCACGGCUACACUGUCCACUGCUGCUGCUUCAGCGCCUGUGGUCAGUUCCUCGCUUCGUGCUCCACAGAUGCGACCACGGUGAUCUGGUCUAUGGUCUCGGGUGAGAUCGAGGCUGUGCUGGAGCAUCCUGGCCGCAGCCCUGUCAGGAUCUGCGCUUUCUCUCCUGACUCUCUCCACUUGGUUUCUGGUGCAUCUGAUGGCACUUUGGCUCUUUGGGAUUUUCCCUCCAGACAACUGCGAAGGACCGGGGCAGUGAAUGACACAACAAUGGUAGCCUGCUCCUUCAGCCCCUGCAGUCAGAUGUUUAUGACCGGCUCCACAUACGGAGACCUGCGUUUGUGGGACCUGCGCAUGAACCAGCUCCACGCAGAGAAGAACGCCCACGACCUGGGCGUCUCCUGCUGUACCUUCGCUCCGAGCAUCCUCAGCGGCGGUCAAGUUGUGCAGUUUCGCGUGGCGUCUUGUGGACAGGACAGCCUGCUGAAGAUAUGGGCCAUAAACAAGUUCAGCUCUGGAGCCUAUAAGAUGAAGCUCCUGCACAUGUUAACUGGCCAAUCAGCUCCCGUCCUUUCCUGUGCGUACUCCUCAGAUGGGCAGCUACUUGUGUCUGGCUCUGUGGACAAAACAGUCACAAUUUAUGAUGCUGAGAACGCAGUUUUGCUUUACAGGCUGAAACAGCACGAAAGGUAUGUGACAGCGUGCGCCUUCUCUCCGACUUCACCGCUGAUUGCUACAGGAUCUAUGGAUAAGACCGUAAACAUCUGGAGACUGGAGGAUGGUUGCAGUGGAAACGGCGGGAAGCUGUUGCCUGAAGAAUCUGCUCAGACUUCAAUCAAAGGGAGAGCCUCGGGAGGCCGAUCGAAGCUGCUGGUCAGCGAUUGGUCGGAGGACGAUGUGUCACAGUGGCUGCUGGAGGAAGGCCUCGAGGGAUUGGUGGACAGAUUUAAGGCCAAUAACAUAGAUGGGACAGAGCUGCUCAGCCUCACCAAGGAAACACUGGCGUCAGAGCUGCACGUCGAGUCAGUCGGCCUGCGCAGUAAACUCCUGAGGAAGGUUGAGGAGCUGAAGAGUGAUUCAGUGUGUUUAGGCAUUCCCGAUGAGUUCCUGUGUCCAAUCACCAGAGAACUGAUGAAGGAGCCGGUUAUUGCUGCCGAUGGCUACUCGUAUGAAAAAGAGGCCAUUGAGAGCUGGAUUAGUACCAAAAACCGCUCCAGCCCCAUGACCAACCUCCCCUUGCUGACGACUCUGCUCACCCCUAACCACACCCUGAAGAUGGCUAUUGGUCGCUGGAAGACCAGCCACUAGACAUCCGUGGACCUCUGAGCUGGCGUGCUAAUGAUUUUUCACUAAAGUGUAGAGAAGCAGAAUGCAGUGCUCAGAUAAAUGCCCACAGCACGGAUUCAGGAAAAGGUGUGCCUGAUAGUUAGCCAGAUUUUAAACGACCAACCCGAAUCAACAAUCAGCUGCCUGCUAUCACACAGAGGGGAGAAAAGACCAGCAUGAGCAUCCAGAGUUUUGAAGAAUGCACUUAGCUAUUCACUCAAAUUCAACUGGCUUUGGCUGCAGCAAAUAUGUCACUUUUAGGCUGGAUUAUGUUUUCAGUUUCCUCAUAUUUAGGAUUAUAUUUGGUCCUUCCUGUGAAAUCCCUGCUUUGAUUUCUGAUCAUUGAAGAAUGGGGAAAACUAUUUGCCUGCAUUGCUUUUAAUGAUUCCCCUAACCUCACUUUACAAAUAGGUGGCUAUUUUGUUAUUAUGUUAAACUGAUUAGCAUUAUUGAUAUAUAUAUGUAUAUAUACACAAAUAAAGAUCUUGUUAACACAGAUAAACAAGGUGAAGGUAAGUAAAAGGAUGUAGGACUGGCAGUAAUAACAGCCCUUUGAGAUUAGAGAGUCUACUGAUGAGUGUGUAAUUGAAGGUGAAAAACACUAUUUGCACUAACUGUAGAUGAGAAGAAUCUACAGUGUAUUUUAUUUUGAUUGCUGUAACCUUGUUGAUUAUUUUAGGCUGUGUGUAAAAGAUGAACAUAGCUGCUUUGUUGGAACAGCGACGCCAAUGUGGAAGUGCCUUUCACCUGCAUUCUUUCCAUUAGCCAGCAGGGGGCGACUGCUCUGGUUGCACAAAGAAGCGAAAUUCAUAAGAAGCCUGUUAGAAAUCUAUCUUUCUACUCUCUUCGUUUAUGGGCUCAGUAAACAUCUUCCUGAUGACUUUAUGAACUCAGUCACUAGUUUAAAGUCUUGCUGAAUACAGGAUGAUGCUUAUGUGUGGUAUUUGUCAGUUUCUAACUCAUUUCCACUCCUCACACAAGAAAUUGAGGUUCAAAAAAGCCAAGAUGGUGAGACCCGAAAUGCUCAAGUCCAGACUGGAGAAAGAUAGUCCGUGUUUUAUAUGAAUGUUUA